GUGAUAAGCGGAACCAUCGGUGUGGAAUUUACCUCUUAUCCAGACAAGAAUAAAACAGGAAAGGGCGAAAGGCGCUGGUGUCUUCGACUACGGUAAGUGCUGAGGCCACUCUUUGCCGAGAUGUGAGUUAAUGCAAGUGAAGGAAUUCGUUCCACCUCAGGUUAGCCUUUUCGGCGUAAUCUGUGAAAGUCUGAUGUGAAUUUCAUUAGCACCGCAGUAACAUAAAGGAACAUGAUAAGUGAGUUCGUGGCAGGUUUCACCUUACAAGUCCGCCUGAUGAUAAUAAUGUAUCGUUAGCACUGAAUGGAACAUGGAAUGGAUUGGACUUCAUGGUCUUGCGCCUCUAAUUAACGCAGAAACAUAUGGUUAUUAAUUUUCAUAAUGCACAACAGGCUGGACUGACUUUGUUCGUGGUGUUGAAUUCGUGGUGUUGAAGUGAGUGGUGCAACCUUAAGAAAUAAAGAAGACUUCCUUCAAAUUAUUGAUACAGAUUAUUGUUGACUAACGUAGGUUAUCAUUCAACAAUUGGUUGUGGUCAACUGGACUGAUUAUACAUAAAUUGCGUUGCGGAUAUUGCUAUGAUUGUAUUCUAAAUCUCAAACUGGACAUGCCACAGAUUUAAAUAAAUAUAAUAUUGGCUAUUUAUAUUAUCUUUCCAUGUCUAUUAUAGUAGGCUAAUACCCUCAAAAUGAAUUUUUGUAUUCCUUAUUUUCUUUUGCAUGUAUAUUUUACACCAGUAAAAGGCACAUUAAUAAUGACAUACCGAAAUACUGAUCAUUUAGGCUCACAAAUAGGCUAACAACGAAUAUAGACAACAUUUAAUAAUCUAGGAUUUAAAUAAUUAGACACUUAUGGUAUCACAAUACAACAAUUUAAAUUGACCUAAUUAUUAUUAUUAUUAUUACUAUGAUUAUUACUUAUUAUGUUUUCCAUGAUGGUGGUAGUGGUAGUCUAUGAUUGUAGUAGUAGGCCUAAUGGAAGCAGCAGCAGUGGGCCUAGUAGUAGUAAAGUGGUUGCCAUAGCGAGAGACUUACAUAGUAAUUUAUAUUAUUUGUAAUAGUGGAGCCCAAAUGUGCGCUAACUAUGCAUGCAAGUUAAAUUGGAAAUCGUAGAAUAUCAACUACUACAACCAGGUAAAUAGACCUCCUAAUCGUGUAAUAUUAGGCUAAUUGAAUUAUUACUCGGUUAUUACUUUGUAAUUUAUUUGGAAGUAAAAUUAAUUGAAUGAAAAUAAUCAAUUAAUUCUAUCAUUUCUCAUACACAGGCCUAUGAGCGUACACGGCUAUUGCUACUUUUUAGGGCAAUGCUAUUUUAUUCAGGCAAAAAUUGAACAGGAAAUUCAAAAUUCAAGUGAAUAUAUAUAUAUAUAUAUUUCGAAAUGUACAUUUCUCAAAUUGUACUCAUUUAGCGGAUGCUCUUAUCCAGAGUGACUUACAGGAGCAAUUAGCUUAGGUUAAGUGCCUUGCUCAAGGGCACAUCGACAGAUUUUCCCCUAGACCUUUUGGUUACUGGCCCAAGGCUCUUAACUGCUGGCCACCUGCUGCAUAUUUCUACGUGAGACUUCUUGGAAAUUGCUAUUCCCUGUCAAUGCCAUUUCCAAACCCGUUGUAAUGGAGCAGGGGCGAGGGGGAGCCCCCUGAAAUAUUGAAUGAAAGCUCAUUACUGCCGCUGAUUAGAUGACAUUAGGGAUUUGCAAUAACCUUACAACCUGACACACCAUCUUUCAUUUUACUUCGAAAUACACAAGAACCUGCUCCACUCAGACCAGGGUUAUACAGGUACAGGCCAUGUAAAACUUAACCUCCAAUGUCUAACCCCUUUGAACAAAAUCACAAUGUAGGCUAUAUAGCAGGUGAGGCGAGUAGCAGUUCUGUGCGGCGCGGGCGGGUCCAACGUGAAAGAGAAUGAAUGGGGAAAACGGUUAACAGCAUGAUUGCAUGCAAAUUUCCCAUCUUAAAUUAUCAUAAGCAAACAGUCGGAAGCCUGGACUAAUAAAAUCCCAUCUGUGUUACUUCAUAUCGAGUUAGUAUAGAGCUGUGAUAAUGCAUUUUUUAAUAUCCCACCGACAGACAUCUCAAUCAGACACUAAUCCCGUGAUUUUACUGCGGAAUCCCUCAACUUCCAAUGCCCCAAACUGCUGCAUGCCGCCGGAACAAUUUACACCAACCCUGCCAUAGAGCACCCUGUAAACCGUUGCAUUGCUUUACUGUGGGACUGCAUUUAAAGAGCAGCUUAUGUUAUGGGGUUCGAAACAAAUUAUCAGUAGGCCUAUUCAAAUGUUGGACAUUUGACCAAACUUGAGGAAAAUAGUGCAGCGCUAAUAGGCCUUAUCAACAAUGAUUAAACAUACAGGUGUGACAGUUGUGUUUGGCCCUAUACUGCAACGUCUUGAUUGUAAAUGUUGUGAUUUUGAGCACACAAGGUAAUGUGUAUUCGAUGCAGCCUUUUCAGCAUUAUCAUACUAAAUCCAGUCCCUCUCUUUUCCAGAAGCCGUUCCCUUAGUUGCGAUAAUGGACUCCCACUGCCGCAAGCUUGCGUCAACUUGUGUACAAACAGGUGA